AUGAGAUACGUACUCUUUUCUUUGAGCACCCUGGUGUUCUAUGUCAUAUUCUAUUUUGCCUCCACCAAUGGCCUAGAUGCACUAGCCCGCAAAUCCAUUGAAUCGGGCAAGCUUCCCACUAUUGAUGCGCCUUUACGCACAGUCUACACGGGAAUCAAUGCAGUCGACCAUGUGCUGGCUCUUUUGACCACAUUUUUCUACCCGGCACUCGAUGGCAACAAUCCUGGUCUGCUCCUUCAUGGUGUUGGAUUUAGUGGUACAUUCGGCGCAACAUGGACACUGAUUGUCUUGGAAUCUUGGAGAAAGGGCAAUGCCGGGACAAUAGCCGCUUACCCGACUAUAUUUGGCCUUAUUGCUCAAGUAUUCACGUUUGCCUUUGGGAUCCCAUUGACAUGUGGUCUUCAGCUAGGCAGCUCGAUCACUGCGCGCCGCCCUCAUGCAGAUAAUAUCCGCAUCCCGCGAGCUGUUCUGGCAACUCUGCCGUUGAUCUAUGUUGUCGGAUACAUGGUGCCGACCGUGGCGAUGACGUUACCCGCUCCCUCUGUGAUUUCUGUGGACUUAAAGCAGCUCGCCAUUGCCAUCUGGCACCCCUGGCCAGCAUACGUGUCAAUUAUGACAACGGUCGCCUUCUUUACUCUGUCUCCUCUCCUCUCAAACAACCACCGGGCAUCCAUGUCCAGCUUGCGCUGGGUCUACGCAUUUGCAUUUGCUAAUGCGUCUCUGUCACACAUUGUGUCAUGGGUCAUCUCCCUGGCGACUGCCAUGGUACCGGUUCUGUUUGAAGAACGCUUCCGAAACUCCCUUCACCCGGCCAAAGUUUUCUCGCUACCUCUUCCUUGGUCUGGGGUGACUGUUGAUAAUGUCGGCGACGGUGUCCAGGUUUUCCUCCAAUGGGACUAUCUGAUUGGCUCUGCGGGCGUUUUGAUUUGGGCUACCUCGUUGUACACCGUUGCUCACAAGUACUUGCUGAACACUGUCUCUUGGCCUAGUCUACUAGUCAAAAUUGCUCUGUUGACAGUUUUUGCUGGUCCCGCAGGUGCUGCGGUGGAGUUGAUCUGGGAGAGAGAUGAGCUGGUGUUUACAGAGACUGGUGGUAACAAGCAGCAGGUUUCGAAGGCCAAGAAGUCCACCUGA